AUGUCUUCUACAACAUCAAUUGCAUCAAAAAAUGAAGAGAAAUCAGCACAUUUGUUUGUAUUAAUACAUGGAUUAUUCGGUUCACCAAAUCAUAUGAAUCAUAUAGAAAAAUUUAUAACAAAUUCAUUAACAAAAUCAAUAAAUGAGAAAGAUUUAGUAUCAAAUGAUGUAAUUACAACUUUAAAACCUGUUAGUUUUAGAUUUUGGAAAACUUAUGAUGGAUUAGAUUUAAAUUCGAGAAAAAUCAUAACAGAAAUAUUUUAUGAAAUUGAAUCAUUAAAAGAUAAAAAUAAUUUAAAAGUCACCAAAAUAAGUUUUGUUGGUUAUUCAUUAGGUGGAUUAUUAUCAAGAUAUGUUAUUGGUUUAUUAAAUGAGUUGAAUUUUUUCGAUAUUAUAAAGCCAGUGUUUUUUUCAACGUUUGCAACACCACAUUUAGGAGUACAUUUUUUUAAAAAUAAUAUCUUCGAUCAUAUUGCAAAUAAUGUUGGACCUUAUUUAUUUGGUAAAACUGGUGGUCAAUUAUUUAUAACAGAUUAUGAUAAAAUUUUAAUUGAUUUAGCAGAUCCAAAAGAUAAAUAUUUUCAAGGUCUUUUAAAAUUUGAAAAACAUAUAUUAUUAGCAAAUAUCAAAAAUGAUAGAACUGUUGCGUUUUUUACAUCAUACAUUACCUCGUAUUCACCAUUUGAUCAAUUAGAUAAAAUAAAAGUUAAAUAUUUAAAAGAUUUACCACAAUCAAGAAUUAAAAAUAAAUUAGUUCGACCAAAAGUUGUUGAUUUAACAAGAUCCCAUUUAGUAGGACCGGAAGACUCUAAAAAUUUUAAUGGGAAUCAUCAAGAAGAAACUCCAUUUAUUAUACGAAAUAAAUUUGCUAAAAUUUUAAUCAUUAUUAUGUUAGCAUGUUUUUUACUACCACUUUGGAUACCAUUUGUAUUUACAACCAGUAUAGUAGUUUCAAUUUACAGCUACAUAAAAGUUAAAAUUCAUAGUAUUCCAAAUAUCACAGACCAUUGGUCAAAAGUUAUGUCAUACGUCUAUAAUAAAUUACCAAAUCAACAUAUAGAUCCAGAAGAUGCAAAAGCUAGUGAACAACAAAGAGCAAAAAGAAAACAUUUAUCAAAACAUGAAAGUUUUAAAGGUGAUACUUCUCAUAUUACUGAAAAUGCAAUGGAUCAAAUGCUUUAUGCGGAAGAAAGAUUUAUGGGCAGAACAAGAAGAUAUUCAAGCGCAGAUGAAGACUAUGAUGAUGAUGAAGAAGAUGAAAUAAUUAAUGGAAAUGUGAAAGUUAAAGGUAAACAAGAUUAUGAAAAAGGUGAGUUCGAAGUUGGUGAUACAUCUAUAGAUCAACAAAAGAAAGACGUAAAAUCAAAUGAUAAAACUGUAACAGUUACUUUAAUUGAUAUAGAUUUUGAAUUAAAUGAUAAAAUAAUUAAUGAACAUAUAACAAGACUAAAAGAUUAUGAUAAUUUCAAAUUAUUUGAACCAGAAUUUGAAUUAGAAUUAGGUAAAGAAAGAACAUUUAUUAUGAAUUCAUUAAAUCAAAUAGAUUGGAUUAAGUUACCAGUAUACCUUGAUGUAUUCAAUAGUCAUGAUAAUAUAGUAAGUAGAGGAAAUUUAAAUGUUAAAAGUUGUGCAACAAUGGGAGUGUGGUUAUCCAUUUUGAGAAAUCAUUUAAAAGAUGAUUAUAGAAAUUCAAUAAUUGAAGAAGAUACUAUUAUUGAUAUAUGA